AAAGACUGGGUCCUAUUUUAAUCGGAUUGCAACGUGCACAGCGCUGAGGACGUAGGAAACAAACACUAAAAUGACUACUUAUACUGACAAAGGAGAGAAGCCAGAAGUUGGUUCUUUUGUUGCCUUCGAUCACAUCACAUUUUGGGUCGGAAAUGCCAAGCAGGCUGCCUCAUAUUAUUGUAACAAAAUGGGAUUUGAACCAUUUGGGUAUAAGGGACUAGAAACAGGAUCAAGAGAGGUGGUAUCGCAUGCGGUCAAACAGGACAAGAUCAUAUUUGUUUUCAAGUCACCUCUUAAUCCUUCAGGAAAGAUAUCAGAAGUGAUGGGAAAACACCUGAUUGUACAUGGUGAUGGAGUGAAGGAUGUUGCUUUUGAAGUGGAGGACUGUAUUGCUCUUUACAAGGCUGCCAUUAAGCGUGGUGCAGUGUCUGUUCAUGAGCCAUGGGAUGAAACAGAUGAAGAUGGCACUGUGACUUUUGCAACUGUGCAGACAUAUGGUGACACAACACACACAUUUGUUGAAAGAAAGGGAUUCAGCGGUCUCUUUCUACCCGGGUACAAGCCUCCAAUCACCAAAGAUUGCCUUCUACCCAAACUACCACCAGGCCUUCUUUGUUUUAUUGAUCAUGUUGUUGGUAACCAGCCAGAGGAUGGUAUGGUGUCCACUGCUGAAUGGUAUGAGAAGAAUUUACAGUUUCACAGGUUUUGGUCUGUUGAUGAUAAACAGAUUAAUACAGAGUACAGUGCACUUCGAUCAAUUGUGGUCACAAACUGGGAAGAGACAAUUAAGUUGCCUAUCAAUGAACCAGCCCCAGGAAAAAGAAAAAGCCAGAUACAGGAGUAUGUCGACUUCUACGGAACAGCAGGAGUUCAACACAUUGCACUCAACACAUCUGAUAUCAUCUCUACUAUAAGGAAUCUGAAGGAGAGAGGCAUGGAUUUUCUCGUUAUUCCUGAUACAUAUUAUGAAAAUCUUCGUGCACGUCUUAAGGAUGCACCCAUUAAGGUGGAGGAAGACCUGGAUGUGCUUCAAGAUCUGAAGAUUUUGGUCGAUUUUGAUGACAAAGGGCUUUGGAGCCGGUAA